UAAGCAGCACAGGACCACACACAGUCUCACUGAGUCAGUAGACAUGGAGGAUGGGAAGCCUGAUCUGCUGGUUGUCAAAGAGGAGACAAUAGAAGACGGAUCAGAGAGCAUUGAUCUGCUGACUGGAUUAAAGAUGGGGGAGCAAGUUAGUUGGCUGGAGGCUAACAGAGAAGACUGGGCGACCAUCUUGGAUUACCAGACCCAGACGGGUGCAGCCAGGGGCCUAAGGGACAACAUCACAGAGCAGGCCAGGACUAGAGGUGACAUAGUGGAGGUCAGUGGAUGGGACAGCCUCCUCAACUCUGGGCCGGGGAACACCACUGUUAACCACAACCAGAAACAGACAGUCGAACCAAAAACAACAUCUGAACAUAGUCUCCAUGACAACAGGGCGAGGCAUAACUUUGGUCUGCGGGGACGGGGAGGUGUCGGAAUGCCGCGGGAUAGAACACACACAGACUCGGCUAGCGAUGCUCCGUCCUGCUCCUAUAGUUGUGAGGCAGAGAGACUGAUGGCGCCUCAGGUUACCCCCCUAACAGGUGCUGCCUUCAGCCUGCCUUCUAUAGGAUCUAUCAACUGGAACAUUGACCCUGUGACAACACAGACACUCCCUGGCCUUCGUCCUCCUCACACUCUCCUAAUGUUAAAUCAGACCUCAGACAAUGCCAGACCUCAGACACUAAAUGGCUACACAAGCCCAUUGACAAAUGACAGUAGUAGAGACAGAAUCAGUAAAGGUGGCAGCGCCAUAGAGAAGCGCUUCACGUGUUCAUUCUGUGGGAAAGCCUUCAGUUUUCCCCAACAGGUGGAGAUCCACCAGAGGAUGCACACGGGGGAGAAACCAUAUGGCUGCCACCUGUGCCGGGCCACUUUCUCCCAAUCGUCCAGCCUGAAUAGGCACCAAAGAGUCCACACAGGGGAGAAACCCUUCAGCUGUACCCAGUGUAACAUGCGCUUUGCCCAUGCUGGCAACCUGAAGAGACACCAGAGGGUCCACACAGGGGAGAAACAAUACAGCUGACCCCAGUGUGAGAAAGGAUUCUCCUGCUAGCACCAGCUGAAGGUCCACACGGGAGAGAGGUGGUUCGCACUGCAGGAGGAGGUUCUCAGAAAGGAGCUACCUCAAGAUACACCUGCAGAAAGAACAUUCCACUCUAUAACAUAGAAAGUAACCAUUCCACUUAAUAGCGUCUGCGGUUUAGAUUAAACCCUGCAUUAAAGACACAGAUGAAUUGUCAUUAUUGUCAGCAGAAAAUAUUACCUUUAUUUAAACAGGGAGUUAACAUUGAGACCAGGGUCUCUUUCACAAGGGAGCUCUGCAUAUACAAUGAAUAGGACAAAAUAAAAUCAGAUACAAUGUAAAACAAAGAAAUACAGCACAACACAAAUAUUCAAGAAAAACAGUUACAUUCCUCAGUAAGAAUUGCAUGAGCGGCACCAGAACAUCCAAUUGUAAUGUAUUUUGUAGUUGCUUCCAGCAAUGAGGUGCAUUUAUAACUAAAAGUGGAUUUACCUAGUUCGGUGGAGACCCGAGGAACCUCAAGAGUUAACCAACAAAGUUAGGUAAGUUGGAAACUUGUGUAGUAAAGACUUGUAAACAAAAAGGGACGUUAAUGAGGACCAGCCAACCUUUUGAUACAGGAUGCAGUGGUGAGUGUUACACAGAUGCAUUUGGAAUUACGAGAGUAACAGAUGUGUUGAAUAUUCCUGGGUAGUCUAUAUUGUAUCCAGACAUUUAGUGAUGUCAGGCAUAUACAGUGCCUUCAGAAAGUAUUCACACCUCUUGACUUUUUCCACAUUUUGUUGUGUUCCAGCCUGCAUUUAA